UGCGGCCACUGGACGUGAAAAUACUCACCAAAUCGACGCCAACAAUAUCCUCUUCAAAAGUGACCUCCUUUUCCUCCGUUUCUUCCUCUUCUGGCCACUCAUCGCCAGCAAUUGUGUUAGCAGCUGGUAGCAAAGCAGAGUUUCAGUGUCGCAGCAUCGGCUCUCGACCUUCAGCGCAGAUCUCCUGGUGGCUAGGCCCAGAACGGCUGAGCAGCAACGUGCGCGACAGUGUGAAUGAAGACGGCAAUGCCACCAUUUCGACGAUCACCUUUGUGCCUGACCUCGAGGACAACGGCAAGAUGCUGACCUGCCGAGCAGACAAUCUGCCCAUGCCGCACACGGCACUGAAGGACGAGAAACUGCUCAAUGUGCACUUUGCCCCUCAACUGCGAAUAUCAUUUGGUUCUAACAUUGGUCGUGACUCGAUUCGCGAGGGCAGUGACGUCUACCUGGAGUGCCGCGUACGUGCCAAUCCGCCGGUGAAGGAGGUCGUCUGGCUGCAUGAAGGCCGUCCGCUGCACGGCUCACUCACCGGUGACGUGAACGCCGCCGACGCCAGCCGCAGCACCAUCAUCAUGACCAACCAGUCGCUGGUCAUUCAGAAGGUCCACCGCAGCCACCGAGGCCGCUACCAGUGUGUCGCCUUCAACGACCAGGGCGAGACGGUGUCAGAGGCGCUCAUGCUCAAAGUCAACUUUGCCCCCGUUUGCGUGGAUGGACAGAAGACCCAAUACGGAGUGUCCCGCAAUGAGCAGAUUCGCAUUCGCUGCGAAGUCGACGCCGAACCCUCACUCGGUCUGACCUUUCGCUGGACAUUGAACGCCUCAGGCAGUGAGACGUCCACUGAGUGGGCCUCCUUCACCAACAACGCCACCACCUCCAUUGCCACCUACCGGCCGGAGAGUUCGCUGGACUACGGGACGCUGUCCUGUGUGGCGCAGAACAGCAUCGGCCAGCAGGUGGAGGCAUGCGUCUACAGCGUCGUCCCAGCAG